UGAAGAAGAGGAAUCUAGGCGUCCCCAUUCUGUGCUGGACAUCGAAACGGAAAUCUUAACACCGCUGUCCACUGAGGUCCGAAUAAUGGCUGCCGAGCCCAACUAUCGCCGGACAAAACCGGGUGUUAGGUCCACUCACAUUGCCAAUACAAACGGAGCUGUUGGACCCUCAUCACAGAUUCCGGGUUUGUCUGCAAGUGCUGAUAUUACACCUGAAGAAAGAACUAAAGGGCGGCGUGUAGGAAUUCAGUCCACUGACUCAGACUACGUUAAACUUGCAAAACAAGGCGGACAGAAGGGUUUGCUGUGGCACGAUGACCCUGUGGAAACGAAACCCAGUUCCUAUAAACCUCCUAAUUGGUUCUCUGACACACCAGAUGAUCAAGAGAGCGGAGGUAAAGCAACUACCCCUGACAGAUUCGGGAAGUGUCAGUCUAAAGGGGCCGCACAACCUCUGGAGCCCCCAUUUGGAACUGAAAGCUGUCCAGUCUGGGAGAGGGAGUCUGACGAUAGCAAGAAAAUCAGCCAUGCUACAUCAGAGAUGCAGAAAAUUUCCCUAAGCCAAAAAGAAAUUGACGAGGUCAACAAGUUUAAAAAGACGUCCCAUGAGAAGAAGAAAGCAACUCCAGUCAACAUGUCCAAACUGUUAAGCUUUGGUUAUGUUGAAGAAACUAAGAAAUCUCCUGAUGAUGAUGAUGCUUCAAGCAUUACCUCCGAGCAGACCUGCACCAUUGAACCAGAGGAUGACGUGGAAUAGAAGACGUUGUUCCCCCAAACCCUUCAUGAAUUGUUCUUCUCUUGUAUCCACUAGCUCUUCUGCAUACACACCCCUCUCUCUGCUUUAUGCAACUCACGUAAACCAUUCAGUCAUUUGAUAAAAAUCAUCAUCAUCAUCACUCUAAUGUGUUAUGCUCACAUAUGUAUGGUGCUUGUGAUCUGAAUAACUAUACCCCUAGAAAGAGGGAACAAGUCCCUAAAAGCAAACCACAGGGCAUGUGCACCACAAAAUAAAUCCAUGAUGCAUUGAGCAUUGAUGCCAAGGUGGAGCUGAAUUGUCAGAAUUUCAUAGUAUUAAUUUGAGGAUUCACUCAUGGCACAACCAUGUGCCAAUACCUUAGGAACACUCAAGAUGGCACACAUGAUCCACAUAUUACACAAAGACAGGUAGGAUGAACUUAUCCCACGUAAAACAGCUGUGUCCCACCUCACAUUGUCCAAGAAGACAUGUAAAAGCUGCAAACCCUUAUCACACUCUCCAUGGCUGUUUCUCAGACUGGCUUGAACAUUUCUGAGUGCUCUUAUGCCCCUUAUAGUUGGCUAGUUGAGCGCAUUCUUGGCACACAAGAAGGCCAUUACACUAAAUGAUUCCAUGAAAUAAGGUGAUACCCUUAGUAAGGGAUUUGAGAAAGGAAGGGGGUUCAGGGAGUUUGAGAUUGUGAAUGUCUGUUUUAUUGUUAGCGUUGAUGUGAUAGUGAAAACUAAGCUCAGAUUUAGUCGUUCUGCUGUUAUAUGCUGUAUAAUUUUGUUUUCUCCCUUCUUAAACAAUGUUUACACUUUCUGUUGAGUAAUGUCUAUAAAUGAUAACAGAAUAAAUUUGCAUGUGCAUGGA